GAGAAUAUUACUGCCAGUGACACAUUAUUUUAUUAAAAAGUGAAAUGCAGGAAACUGCGCAACUUUCGUAAUUUUUUCUAACAUAAGAACCUUCUUUAAAUAAUAACAAAUCCAGCAAAAAAAGAGUUAGUGAAAAAGUGAUUCAUUUGUUUAUAUAUAGGAGGAGUGGCGCUAAAGAAAAUUGUUUAUACAUUCAAUUUCAUUUGCUAUUAUUUUUUUUUUGAUUAACCGAACUGCAAUCUGGAGAGCAGAAACUGUUUUCUGAGUUCCUCUCUUCCAAUAUUACUCUGUGUUUCUCAGUUGCAAGCAGAUUAUGAUUGCGUUUGUCAGUUCGCAUUUCGCUCUCGUCGGAAAGGCUCUGCCAUGGAAUAUCAGCGCACUCUACUCGAUUUGCCGUUCGAAGUACUCGACCUGAUUUUUAAUGAGCUUGAGAGGCCGAUAGACAAACUGGAACUGGCUCAAGCCCAUGAAAAGCUGGGGAGAGCAUUUGCCUACCACAGCCGGAAUACUUACAAAAGAUUUCAGCCCGAUUUUCUUUGUAGUUGUCCGGAUUUGUGGGUUGUAAUUGUGCAGGAAUGUGGAUCGACUAUCGAGGAGUUUUCCACCGAUGGAAAGGAUUAUUCCGCCUUCAGUGAUCUGUUGGCCAAGUCAAUUGUACAGCAUUGUCCAAACCUGAAAUCGGUGAAGAUUCAUGUUUCCGGAAAUCAUUGCGACACCGUGCAGUCCUUCUUAUUGAACGUUAGCAAGUUUUUAGAAGUUGUUGAACUGAUCUUCUUUUACAACCUCGAAUCAAACAAAAUAUUCGAAGUGGUGGCAAAAAUGCCGAAUUUAAAAAAAUUUACAUGUAAAGGAAAUUUACAUGUAAAAGAAGUUUACCAUAUACAGAAAAUGGUUGCUCUGGAGGAGCUAAGGAUUCACUUUCAUUGUUUAGGCAAGAUUUACUUACCUCUGAACAUUUUUGAAAUCUGUGCUCCACUAACAAAUCUUCACAGUUUAAGAGUGAAUAGUAUUAUAAUUUGGCCCUCGGAAAAGCCUCAUUCGAUGGUUUGUCCAGAAUUAGAACAUCUUGAAAUGAACAACAGCGAAAUAUUCACGGAACUGCCAAACUGCCCAAAGCUUAAAACUCUGCACAUGAUAUCCUCCAAAUGCCAUAUUGAAGGCCUUGUCUUUGGAUUUCUUCAGCGAAACGGGGAAAAAAUUGAGGAAAUAAAAGAGGACUGCAAUCCACCCUUGUUUGAUGGUGACAGCUUUCUUCAAGUGCUUCGUUCAUGUAAAAAACUGCGAGCUUUUUAUACCCAAAUGCGGGAUAUAGAGACCAACCAGGCGUAUGUAUCAUCCAUAGUUGAUGUUCUUCGGGAAAAUUGUGCCAAGCAGGAGGAACCCUUCCGACUGUUUAUAUGUAGUCGUGAAAAGUGGAAAUCGCUUCGUCCAUUGAUUCCUCGGAAUUCUAUUCUUGAAUUAAACUCUUUCUAACUAUACUUCCUUUGUUUACAAUUUAAUGUUAUUUGGGAACUAAAACAAAAUGUUCUGUCAUUACCUAUGUCAUAAAAUUUACUUAUUAUCUUUAAUUAAAUAGAUUGUAAAUAAAUAUACAA